AUGGUUUUUAAAGACACUGGAAAGACACCCAUGGAGCCGGAGGUGGCCAUCCACCGGAUUAGAAUUACUCUGACCAGCAGCAAAGUCAAGUCUCUGGAGAAGGUGUGUGCUGACUUGAUACGAGGCGCAAAAGAGAAGAAUCUCAAGGUGAGAGGACCAGUUCGGAUGCCUACCAAGACUCUGAGAAUCACUACAAGGAAAACUCCCUGUGGGGAGGGUUCUAAAACUUGGGACUGAUUUUAGAUGAGGAUCUACAAGCGACUCAUUGACUUGCACAGCCCUUCCGAUAUUGUUAAGCAGAUUACUUCCUUCAGUAUUGAACCAGGAAUUGAGGUUGAAGUCACCAUUGCAGAUGCUUAA